AUGUCGACCGACCCUCCCGUUGCCGAUUGUAACUCUCAUCUCCAAGCCGACCCGAAAGCGUCGUGUGUCACUCCAUGUGCAAUUCUCCCUGCAAAUGCCGCGCCUGAGAGGCCGCAGAGGGCAAGGGCGAGGGAACGCGUGUUUCACGUCACGAACGGCGUGUCGCAUGACUCGACUUGCGCCACUUCACGUCCACGCACUGUAGCAGAGAGUGCGCAUUAUUUACACUAC